AAAUAACCCUUUUUUCCCCCUAAUAAUUUCUAUUUCUUUUCAGUAUUUCAAUUUUUGAUCCUUAGAGCCGGAAAUGGAGCAGCUCUCGACGUCGGCAUUUCUUCCUGGAGCAUUUUGGGCGCCCGGAGAUGGCAUUCCAGCCCACCUUCUUCUCAUUUGGAACGCCAUUAGGGCUCCUGUUAUUGCCCCUCUGCUUCAGGUUGUGAUGGCAGUCUGUUCCACGUUGUCGGUGAUGCAGUUCAUCGAGAGAAUUUAUAUGGGAGUUGUGAUCGUUGCUGUGAAACUGCUCCGUUGGACACCGGAGAAACGGUAUAAAUGGGAAGCCAUUAAAGACGAUUCCGAGAUAGGGAACUCGGUUUAUCCUAUGGUUCUUGUUCAGAUCCCCAUGUUUAAUGAAAAAGAGGUUUAUCAAUGGUCGAUCAGAGCUACUAGCGAGCUAUCAUGGCCAUCUGAUCGGUUCAUAAUACAAGUAUUGGACGAUUCAACAGUCCCAACAAUCCAGGAUAUGGUGAAGCUUGAGUGCAAGAAAUGGGAAAACAAAGGGAUAAACAUAAAGUACGAAGUAAGAGACAACCGGACUGGAUACAAAGCUGGUGCCUUGAAAGAAGGCCUGAAACGCAGCUAUGCAAAAGAAUGUGAAUAUGUCGUCAUCUUUGAUGCUGAUUUUCAACCUGAACCCGAUUUUCUUCAGCGAUCUAUUCCUUAUCUUGUUCAUAAUCCCGAACUUGCUCUGAUUCAAGCUCGAUGGAUUUUCGGUAACACUACUUUAACCUAUACCCUUUUUAGUUCUACAAUACAGAACACAGACUUGAGAAUCAUGCUCUCCGGGACUUAUCCCGCUAUGUUUUUUGCAGUGAACUCCAACGAAUGUAUGAUGACAAGACUGCAAGAGAUGUCGUUGGACUACCAUUUCACGGUCGAGCAAGAAGUUGGCUCCUCCACCUAUGCCUUCUUCGGUUUUAAUGGCACAGCAGGAGUUUGGAGAAUUGCAGCGAUCGAUGAGGCUGGGGGAUGGAAAGAUCGAACCACGGUGGAGGACAUGGAUUUGGCUGUUAGGGCUAGUCUUAAGGGCUGGAAAUUCUUGUACCUUGGUGACCUUCAAGUUAAAAAUGAACUGCCAAGCACUUUCAAGGCCUUUCGAUUCCAACAACACAGAUGGUCUUGCGGCCCUGCAAACCUAUUCAGGAAAAUGGUCAUGGAGAUAGCAAGAAACAAGAAAGUGACAUUGUGGAAGAAGGUGCAUGUGAUUUACAGCUUCUUUUUCGUCAGGAAGAUCAUAGCUCACAUCAACACCUUUCUUUUCUUCUGCGUUGUUCUGCCAGCAACUGUUUGGGUACCUGAAGUCGAAAUUCCAAAAUGGGGAGCAGUGUAUAUUCCUACGGCAACUUCCAUUAUUAAUGCGAUCGGGACUCCAAAGUCAUUCCACUUGACGGUUUUCUGGAUUAUGUUUGAGAAUGUUAUGUCUCUACACCGAGCCAAGGCGACCCUCAUUGGUUUAUUAGAAGGUAGUCGAGCAAAUGAAUGGGUUGUCACUGAGAAGUUGGGAGAUAUUCUGAAGGGAAAAUCAGCCUCAAAAGCAAACAAGAAACCGAGGGUUAGAAUUGGAGAUAGAAUUCAUUUCAUGGAGCUUGGGAUUGGAGCCUACCUCUUCUUUUGUGGAUGCUAUAGUGUUCUCUUUGGGAAAACCAACUUCUUCAUUUUCCUUUUUGUUCAAUCACUUUCGUUUUUCAUUGUGGGGUUUGGGUAUGUUGGCACCAUUGUUCCCAGCUCUUAGUACCCCAACCAUGAUGUAGAACCUAGGAAUUGUUUUAGCAAAGUUUUGUUGCCCACAAAGGCAACAGCUAGCUUGUGAAUAUAGAACAAAAAGAAAUGAAUGGAGAUCACAAAAGAUGAUGGAUUGGACUUCGAGUCCUUUUUUUUUUACUUCACUUGUGAAUCUUGUUGACAAGAAUGAACCGUUUAGCUGCUAAUUCACCUUAGGAGUUUCUAAUUGCUAACUAAACCCAAUAAGCAAUCAAAGGAUAAAUAUAUCAACAGCUUCAAUAGCAUUCAGAAGUCAUUUGGUUGAGAUAUUAUUAAUUUCGGAGAUGAAAUCUUUAAUUUCUUGUUCUAUGACAACAAAGAAUGAUAUGUUUGGUAGAAUGCAAGAAAAUUCAUGCUUGAGGUAGUGAGGUGGGUUCUUUCAGGCAUUUUGUCGAACAUGUGUAGGCGUGCUAAAUUAUCAUUCUUUCUUGUCAUAGAACAUGAAGC